UGAGUAAACAGAAGAAGGCCGCUAUGUUUUUUAUUUUACAUUUUAUUGAAUGAAGAAUAACUUUGUGAAUCGAGAAAAGCUUAAAGUGCGUGUGUCAAUAAAGUUCACCAGAUAAUUAUUUAUCAAUUAACAUGGCCACCGAUGAUCCAAACUCCUGGAGGACACCCACCUUUCGACAGAGCAUGAUUGCCAAAAUAGAAGAAAACAUUCAAAAAUUCCAAAUGCCAAUUGUCAAAAAUGCUACAGACAUGGAGAAUCAUGUUUUCAUGAAAGCCAAGACCAAGGAAGAUUACCUAAAUUUUAUUGCUAGGUUGGUGCUUCACAUAACCCAACUAAAUAACAAAAAACCUGCUGGUACAAUGGCUCCUAACAAUGCAACAGUAGGGGUGCAACAAGGUAUGCCAGAUCCCAUUGGAGCAUUGCAGACUUUAGCGCGCCAGGGUACUGGGAAUAAUACUAACAUGACAAUGCAAGUCCCAGUACAAAAUUCACAAAAUAUGGUUCCUCAGCAAGCUCAAGGUCCUACUACCAAUCCCAACUUGCUGCAAACUUUGAAUCAACAACCAGGCCAGCCCAUGAGCAUGCCAGUAAUGCACAAUAAGAUGCCGGGUCAACCUGGCUGCCCUCCAAUGGGUCCAAUGCAAAAUAUGCAGACUAACCCCAUGAUGGCUCAAAUGAAUCAAAUGAAUCAAGCAAAUAUGGGACAACGCAUGGGACCUCAACCUGGACAACAGUUGGGUGUACCUCAAAUAAAUGUAGCACAAAUGGGACCUAAUCAAAUGCAAGUGAUACAGGUAAAAUGUAAUCAGCUGCAAAAUCAAAUGGGGGGACAUCAGUUGGGAGGGCCAAUGAGUACGGGAAUGCAAGCACCACCACAGCAGCAACACAUGAAUCAAUUGAAUCCGGCGCAAAUAGCUGCAAAUCAGUUGGCACAGGCACAGCUUGGCCACAUGCAGCGCAAGCCAGUAGAUAUGAUGACAAGCGGAUUUCCAGGGCCUAGAAAUGUAACUCCUAAUCAAUUUUUGCGUCAAAGUCCGAGUCCCUCAGCCCCUAGUCCAGGAGGGAUUGGCGUUUCAACAUCUACGAGCCAAAUGGUAGCAUCCCCUGCUUUGGUAGGAUCACCUAAUCCUCAACACAUGCUUGCAACAGCACAGAGGCCAAUCACAAUGGCUCCUUCACCAAGUAGUUCUCUUAAUACACCUGCUGGUGCACUUGGCGCUACUCCCAGUCCAUUGCAAGAUGACCAAAUUUCACAAGCUUGCAAGGAAAAAAUUCAAAAGCUCCGUAAAUUUAUAGAUCCUUUGAACAAGAUGAUCAUCAAACUGACCAAUGAAGGGUAUACAGAAAAAAUAAGCAAAGUAAAGAAGCUUUUGGAGAUCUUGACCAAUCCCAGCUCAGUUACCAAGCUAGAUGUUUUACAAAAGUGUGAGGUUGUUCUCGAAAAAAUGGAACUUAAGAAAUUUGAAACAACCACGGGUCCCCAAAUACCUUCCAGUUUAAAGGAGCAUUAUUUUCUCACUCCUUUACUUGAAGUUGUUAACACUAUUUUGCAAAAUCCUGUAGCCAAUCACACACUUCAUAGAACAUUUAGUCCAUGUGUCGAAGCCCUAUUUGGACCAGAGAUCAAGGACCUUCCUCCAAAGCCCAAGAGGAGAAAAGUCGAAGAACCUACCAGUGAAAUACCAGAUGUACUUCAAGGAGAAAUUGCUCGUCUUGACCAAAGAUUCAAGGUGAGCUUGGACCCAGCCCAACAGAGUGGCUCCAAGUGUAUUCAGUUGAUUUGCUGGCUGGACGAUAAGCACUUGCCCUGCGUGCCUCCUGUGCUUGUAAUCGUGCCUAUGGACUAUCCGAAAGUUCCUCCUAAAUGUGUGCUCGCGUCUCACGAGUACGCAACACCUUAUUUGAGUGCAGUGCAAAACGCACUAGACGCUCGUCUUGACAAACUUCCAAAACAAUUUUCCAUAUCUCAGCUCUUGGAUACGUGGGAGACUAGUGUGCGCCAAGCUAGCGCACCUAAAUUUUGCCAGCAACAAAAGCUAGAGCUUCUAGAACAUGUGACUUUAGCAGAUACCAGUACUACUGUGACAGCUACCACGACGACUGCGGUAACAACUACGACAGUACUGAGCACAACUGUACCAGUCGCAAACGGGUUGACAAGUAGUAAUUUAAUUACUACCGCCAGUUCCUAA